AUGGCGCAUUUGUCCAUCCGAGGUCCUGACUGGACCUCGUCAAGGCAAAAAGCGAUUCAGGAUGCUGCGAAGAUGCAAAUAGCUGUACAAGAAGAAUGUGCACGGAGUGGUAAGGCUGUCCCGGCUUAUCACCUAGACGAACUCAUUGGGAAGGGUAGUUUUGGACGCGUCUACAAGGCUACCGGUACAAAUGAUGGCAAGGUCGUUGCUGUCAAGAUCAUCGACGUUGACGAAUCGGACACGGUGAAUCCCAAGUUGGCCGACACGUAUAGCGAGUUUCUGAAGGAAGUCAACGCCCUCCAGCUCCUGAGUCAAGGUGGUGCUCAGAACAUCAACCACGUACUCGAGGCGCUCCCGGUCGGUCAUGCCAUGUGGAUGGUCACAGAAUAUUGCGCCGGAGGGAGUGUUGCCACCCUAAUGAAGCCGACAGCCCCUGGAGGAUUACAGGAGAAAUGGAUCAUCCCCAUUUUGCGAGAGGUCGCAGUUGCCAUCUUUUGGGUUCACAAGCAAGGCAUCAUUCACCGUGAUAUCAAAUGUGCCAACGUUCUCGUUACGGAGGUCGGGAGUGUUCAACUCUGCGAUUUUGGCGUCGCAGGUAUGAUGGAAACCAAGUUUGACAAGAGAUCUACUUUUAUUGGAACGCCACAUUGGAUGGCCCCAGAGCUUUUCGAUCACAACGCGAAGUACGGCACAGAAGUGGACAUAUGGGCUUUUGGGUCUAUGGUCUACGAGAUUGCUUCAGGACUACCGCCAAAUGUUGGAGCCAAUGUUGGAUUGUCGCAGUUUGGAGGUUUCCUCCGAGAACACAUCCCGCGUUUGGAAGGACCUCAGUAUUCAAACGAGCUAAGGAACCUGGUUGCCUUUUGCCUCAUUGAAUCGCCUCAGAAACGUCCGACCAUUCAGCAAGUUCAAGAGCAUCCGUACCUGCGAAACACCAGCUCCCAGUACCCCACCUCAUCCUUGGCUGCACUAGUUAGAGCCUACAAGCUAUGGGAAGAACGCGGAGGAAUCCGAAAGUCUCUGUUUAAUCCCUUGGUGGGAGCGCAAGGACCCGAUCUGGCUUCAACUUCCAUGGCAGCCGAUGAGUGGAACUUCAGCACGACAAUGGCUUUCGAUGAGCAGGUCCAUCACCAAUUUGAUGGCCUGAACGACUUUGAUGCCGUUCGCGAUGUGUACGGGUCUCAGGUGGAUUUCCCUGGUGAUUUUGACGAAGCAACAUCACGCCCAAAGCCCAAGGGCAGACGCAGACCCCCUCCUCAGGCUUUGGCUGCGAUGAGAGCCCCCCUUGAGAAGGUCUUUGAUCCAAACACCAUCUCGAACUACGUCGAGAACUCACAGGCUUACUACGGUCGUCCCCCUAUGCCACCACCUCCUGCGCCAUCCGAUCUCCCACUUCGUGAUGACUCGCUUCACGCAACGUUGCGAGAGUCGCUCAUUGAUCUAGAUGCGUCUCUUGGUGGCGACGCGCUUUCCAAGUUCGCCGAUAUGGACACCAUUAAGGCUGGGCCCGGGCCUGGACCUGGACCGCGUGCUUCUAUGGACAAUGGCUGGUCGUUUGCCGGUGCGACUGACUCACAGUACAACCGAGCUCCUUUGAGUGACCCUGCGGAUAAUGGCAGUAGACCUGGCCCGGAUUGGCAAUGGCCAACGUCAAUACCGCCUGCAUCAGCGAAUCCCGAGGUGUCGAGUUUCCAGUUCAAUGACGACCGGUCGGACCCUGGAUCUGGACGACCACGUCUCAUGCAUCAUCCUACGGAGCCAAUUGGACUUCCAUCGCAGGGCUACGAGCUACAAGUCCCUCGCUCAACCAACGAUCGCAUGUCUGUCUCCAGUUUGAUUGACCUCGACGAGGGUCUUGUUGAAGUAAACUUGCCAGAGCUGACUCGACCCUCCACGGCGAACUCGGAUGUUCCAUCAAUCAGUGGGUCUGACAUAGGCGGUGCCGCCAACCCCUUUGAACUCGAACGACAUGCAUCGGUCUACGCCCCGCUUCCUCUCACCAACCGCGAGCCCUCCAUUUAUGCUUCGCUCCCACUCAGCAACCGAGAGCCCUCCAUCUACGUCUCGGAUGACUCGGAAUUUGCGUCUGUAGUUGCUAAGAACAACACCGACCUCAGCUCCAGCACUCUCAACACGGCUAUCAACCUAAAUGACCCAAACCAGCCCCGCCAGCACAACGGCCAUAUGCCAUCUGAUGGAAGCCAGACGUACGUAAACGAGAAUGACACGGAUUAUCUCAUGCAACGACGAAGUCAGGAGCCACAGCCGGGACCUAAUGGACCUAUUGGUAUGCAAUUGCCACCCGUUGCACCGCCAUCAGCAAGCGUCAUGGAGGCACGAGCUACUGCUAGGGAUGUGACCAAUGAAAUGAGACGCCUCAUCAGAAGUCUGUCGGAGCACUUGACCAUCAUUGGCAGCCAGGUUGGAGAGAUGGAACCUCGCCGGGCACAGAGAUUAUCGGUGCGAGGGGACGAUGAGGAUGGUAUCUAG